AUGGCUCUACUAUGUCAACACGUUACCAAUCUCAGCUCCAAUACACCUCCCAUCGUCUUCAAGAAUGACGAUAACAAUGUCUCCGCCCUUGAAAAUGCGCGACUGCAGAAGAAACGUAUGGAGGAAGCCGCUCGUCUCCAGAAGAAGCAACUAGAGGAGGCAGCUGAAAGGCUACAAAAGCAGGCCGAGGACACGGAGGAAGUCGUGAGGGAGCGAGACCAUCUGCGUAGCAAGAGUGAGCGCCUCACCCAAGAAAACGCUGCAGCAAUGGGACUACUUGAUGCAAUGAAAAGGCAGAAGGAUGAGGAGAUCGCAGCUCUGUCAAGCAGGGACGCACAGCGAGCAGCAGAAAUGACAAGGCUAAAUCAACUGAUCUUCAGCGGGCGUGUUCCCAACAUGGCUCGACAAGAUAACUGCCUGCCAUUAGUGUAUCAUAACGCAACAGUCCACAUUGUCAACGCGUUUUGCCCCCUAGGUCUAGAUUCUGGAUACCAGAAAGUGUACUUCCCAACCAACGCACUCGGUCUCGAUGUCCACGUUGGCAAUGCUCUCGGGAAACAAUGUUAUUGGUACAUUGGCCGAGGGUCAAACAACCGUGUGGGCUCUUGGGUAAUCAAGAGUGCUGAAUGGGGCACAUGUAUUGGGAUGGGAAACGGUGGGAAGGAAAACGCGCGACGUGUUUACUCAUACCAGGCCGGCGAUCAUGUAGAUGCAAAUUGGCUCAUGGUUCCCUUGUCCUUCAAUUAG